UUGAAGAAUACCGGGUACGAAUCCACAUAUUUGGGAAGUUCACGUCAUCUUCACAUUUGGGUUUGCUGUCAUGUUUGUUGUCGGAGUGCACUUGACUCCUUUUCUGUCUUCCUCGUCUAACUUAAGCAGAUCCCUGUGGAGAUGGAGGACGCGUACAAUGAACUCUUCAGGGAGUUUGUUCACCUCAGAUCAAUAUGCAUACGACAAGCAGCUCUGUUGCAGAAACUGUCAAGGGAACUACACAAACAACAAGUUUCAAAUGGGUAUUUGGAUCAAGAUGGCAGCUUCAGUGGCCUGGCGUCCAUCCCGGGUCAGGGUAGCCAGGAGAGCACUGCACAUUCCCAAGAGGACAGUAUUCCCCCACUAGUUGCAACCAAUCAGAAUGCUGCACCACACACUGAUGUCGGCCAUACCCGCACUGCAGGUGCGGCCACAUUCUCUGUGCUUCUUGCUGAAGAUAUGGGGAAACUGGGUCUAAAUGUGCCCCAUCACCGUCAAACCGACAAAGAUGAACAAGAAGAAGGAGAACAUCCCCAACCUGCGUCUCCAGCCUCAAGGUCUCCGGCCCUCAGUAGCUCUGGUUCGUACCAUGGCCAUCAGAGUGGAGGGAGUAAAGUAAUGCAGCCGUAUGGGACGGCAAGUCCGCUGGCUUGGGCUUACAACCCCCUCCUCGGAAGCGAGGAGCUGAGCAACAGUGGUGGGGCGUUCAUGUCCGAAAUGGAGCUGCAGUCCCAGGUGUGCGAGUUCUGUCACGCCAUCUUCCCCGGACACACAGCCACGCGGGGAGAGUUCCUGCGACACCUCCACACACACAUCACCUAGCAGACUCACAACUUCUUCCUGUUCUAUGAUGAUGCCUUAAGGAGAGAUGACUCUUGUUUUUUACCUGUACAUUAAGAAAGAACUAGCUCGAAAUUAACGUUUUUCUGCUGAAGAAUAUUUCAAUAGUUUUUUGCACACACGCUUUGAUUGGGAUCCAACCAAAACUAUCCUUAAACCUCUCAAACCGUUGUUACCUGUUUUUACAUGUGCAAGUUUUCGAUUCUGUGUUUUUUUUCUACUUCUGUUUCCUGUGGUUUUGUAUUUAAAGAAAUGAAACAACCCCUGAAAAAAUGACCAUGAAACCUCAAUCCAAAAGCAGAUCCCCAAAACGUUAUUGUAGCAUUCUGUUUUAAUGACUGCCAUGCAGAACCAUCUUUGUUGCCUACCCAACAGAGGAGGGCUAUGUGUGACAUAGCGCUGAGUGGAUCUGAGUGCUGACAUCACUACUAAAGGUGAGUCAUGCAAGCCUCGUCUGUACAGAACUAACUGUUCCGCACGGAAAUGGAAAGGAAAAAAACAGCAAAACAAGAUGGUGUUACUGGCUGUGUGACGCAAGCUAUAAAUUACUAACACACCAUCAGUUAUAGAAAAGGUAAUUACAUAAUUCCUCAAAUGCUAAAAAUUUAUGAAAUGAUGACUCGAAAAAUCACAAGAACAAUUCUUAAUUAAACAAUAAAAUAACGUUUAUUGAGAUUUAAUAAAAUAAAUAAUCUGUUUUUCAACGUGAGGGUGGUGACAAUAGUGAAAGAGAACCUGCAGUUUAAUUGAAUCCUUUACAUCACUUGGCUGCCUGUCUUAUUGUGUAGAUACCAUGUAGAUAUAAUGGACAAUGCAUUUCCAAACAUGGGCCUUCCCACUAUUUCUAUGAAUAUAACAAUAUAACAACAAAACAUUAGCAUAUUCAUAUCUAAUGUAGUGAAGGGUCAGCUGUGUCGGAAAAUGAAGCACCGUUUGAUCAUCUUUUUACCCCAGGUUGAGUGUGAUUGUUCAUCAUCAUUUGAUGUUGUUUGGAUGGGUUUUCGAUCCAAGAGGAAAUCUUGAGGAUGUUAACGUUUUUGUCAUGGAGUCACCACUGAAAAGGCCACUCAUUCAAACCCCCAGAUCCCGGCUGGUAAACACUGCAGUGCACUCGUCUCUACUCCCUCUCGUUUUAUAAGAUUCAAACUGGUAGGUGGCAAUAAGAAACGUAGCAGCCCCUGUGGGAGAGUAGGGGUGUGAGUGGGUGGUCUUUUGGGUUAGUGGGGGUGACUUGAUGACAUAGGCAAACCUCAGCCAUCUGAAAAUGUUCCCACCUAAAAUUUAAGAAAAUGUUUCUCUUUUAAACAAGAUUGCACCAUGGAUAGAUGUGUGUGCGAUUAUAAUACCACAGUAAUGAACACAUCAAUGAUAUUCAGUAUUCAGGAAAGCUUGUUUCAUUUUUUCAUCUUCAGUAAAUAAAUAUGGCCCCAUCAUUA